CGUACGAAUUGCAUGCAUUACAUGUGACAUCAUCGGCUAAAAUUCAACAUGGCGUCCGUUGACGAAAGCGAAACACUGGAAACGUUGCUCAAUAAAGCAACAAAUCCAAUGAACAGAGAUGAAGACUGGGAAUACAUCAUGAACUUCUGUGAUAGGGUUAACAAAGAGCUGGAAGGGCCAGAGAUUGCAUGUAGACUCCUUGGUCACAAGAUCCAAUCUCCUCAAGAAAGAGAAGCUAUGCAGGGGCUAACCGUCAUAGAGGCAUGUGUGAAAAACUGCGGAGAGGCCUUCCAUAGGCAAGUGGGUAAAUUCCGCUUCCUAAAUGAGUUGAUCAAAUUAAUAUCACCAAAGUACCUUGGAGCAAAGUCGCCCGCAUCUGUUCAGAAAAAAGUAAUUGAAAUAAUGUACAGCUGGCAGGCCGGCCUUCCAGAGGAACCCAAAAUCAUUGAGGCUUACCAAAUGCUGAAGAAACAAGGCUUAGUGAAAGAGGAUCCUGUCUAUAUGGACAAGGAGUAUUUCCCUCCACCUCCUCCAAGACCAAAGAAUGCAUCAUUUGAAGAUGAAGAGAAAUCCAAGCUUCUAGCGAGACUCCUGAAGAGCAAACACCCCGACGACCUCCAGGCGGCCAACCGCCUCAUCAAGAAUAUGGUAAAGGAGGAUGAGAAGAAGACAGAGAAGGUCUCAAGGAGGAUGAACGAACUGGAGAGCUGCAACAACAAUGUCAAAUUACUGACUGAGAUGAUGGAGCACUAUCAGCCGGGGGUGACUAGCGAGCAGGAAAUGGAACUGAUGAAGGAGCUUUACAUUUCCUGUGAGAAGAUGCGACCCAAUCUAUUCCGAUUAGCCAGUGACAGUGAAGACAAAGACGAUGGUAUCGCUGAUGUUCUGCAGACCAAUGACUCCCUCGUCAAGGUAAUGGACGUCUAUAAGGAUAAGAUUGGCUUGGCUAGUCUAGACCAGCCCUCCUCCCCUCCACCAACCAGUCCAUGGCAAGGUAGUUUCACACCGCCGUCUGCUCCAUCAGCCAGGACAAAUCAACCAGAAGAUUCAUUGCUUGAUCUGACUGGGCUUGAUCCGUCGCCCGCGCCCACAAAUGAUGGUCUGCCCCCAUUCCCCGCUUACGUUCAGCCAUCAGCACCACAAACAACUCAUCAGUCUAGCACCCAACUGCUUCAGGAUCAACUCUCAUCAUUAGGUAUCAGUACAGCAUCAUCACAGGUUCCAUCUACGACCCAGAGCUUCGUCAGGACAUCUGUCACCCAGAAGACAAGCCCAACCUCUCUGGAGAGUAUGCUUGGGCCAGCCCCGACGUCCACUCUGCCCAACUACAACUUUAUGAAUCAACAACCUGGUUCUGUAUUUAAUAGUCAGCAACAAGUCAAUAACCUACAAGCAAGAAUAAACCCAACACCCAUGGCCAUGCCAACAGCAGGUGGAGCAGCAGGUAUGAUGGUGCGCCCCGCCCAGGCCGCACCCAUGGGAAUGAACCCCGCCCAAACCACACCCAUGGGAAUGAACCCCGCCCAGGCCACACCCAUGGGAAUGAACCCUGCCCAGGCCACGUCUAUGGGAAUGAACCCCGCCCAGGCCACACCAAUGGGAAUGAACCCCAGGACUAAUACUGCACCAGUCAGGCUACCCCAGAAAAGUCGUCCCCCUAGUGGGGGAGGGGCUGCAACGUCUCAGGGCGGGGUUCACUCGCCAUUUGCCGAUCUGGAGAGUCUUGGAAAGAGUAUGAUGAAACAACAGGUCAAUGGAACCAAGCAGCAGGGUGUCAGUUCUCAGGAGCAAAUGUCGACAUUUCAAUCUACACAACAAGUGCUUGCUGCACCCACGCAAGGGAUGACACAACCCCAACCACAAGGGGCAUCACAGUCUGUAGUACAGUCAAUGGCACCUGCAGCAGUUUCUCCUGCAGCAGUUUCUCCAGCCAUUGCGACGGUUCUCUCCUUAGCCGACAUGUUUGUACCGCUUGACACAAUUCAGCCAGGCACUGUGCCACCAGUCACAGCCUAUGAGAAAAACCUCAUAAAAACGGUGUUUCACUUUGCAAAGAAUGUCCCGAGGCCUGACAUCACUGUUUUGGUUGUUUCCACCAUGAGUACGAACCCAUCGCCGGUAAAGAAUGUAGUUUUUCAGGCAGCUGUACCGAAGAUGAUGAGAGUGAAACUCCAGCCACCAUCAGCGACUGAUCUCCCAGCCUUUAAUCCCAUCCUACCCCCAUCAGCAAUCACCCAAGUCAUGCUCAUAGCUAACCCACAAAAGGAGAAGGUUCGACUCAAGUUCAAGAUUCAGUACACCGUUAACGAUCAACCAACAAUGGACGUCGGUGAGGUAGAUAAAUUCAUCGUUUAAUGGUCGCCUCCGAUGAUGUAAAAAAAUUAAUCUAUAAAUAUAAAACUAACUAUUGGUACAAGCUGCACAUAUAUUAAUUGAAUUUGUACACAGACUUAUUAUUGGGGACCUAUUAACGACCAAAUCAUAGCAUUGGAUAACUUUUACCGUAACAUGAAGAUUUGUUCUAAACCCAGUAUCAAGCUGACAUACCAUCGCAAACGACUGCUUGGGCAGAAUUUCAUAGAGCUGCAUCAGCAGACAAUUUUGCUCGGCAGAAAUGAGCAGGAUACCACUGACAAAUUGUACA